AUGCGUCCCGCAGCCUUCAGCAACUUCCUGCUGCUCGCGUCCUCCCUUCUCUUCGCGGGGCUGUCAGCAGUUCCCCAGAGCUUCUCGCCAUCUCUGAGGAGCGGGACGGGGGCCGCGUGCAGGCUGACCCGGGCGGAGUCGGAGCGCCGCUGCCGGGCGCCCGGGCAGCCCCCAGGGGGCGCUCUGUGCCACGGCCGCGGCCGGUGCGACUGCGGGGUCUGCAUUUGCCACGUGACGGAGCCCGGCGUGUACUUCGGGCCCCUGUGCGAGUGCCACGACUGGGUGUGCGAGACCUACGACGGGAGCACCUGCGCAGGCCAUGGUAAGUGUGACUGUGGCAAGUGCAAAUGUCAGGAAGGUUGGUUUGGGAGUGCGUGCCAGUACCCAACUCACUGUGACCUGACGAAGAAAAAGAGUAACCAGAUGUGCAAGAAUUCUCAAGAUGUCAUCUGCUCUAACGCAGGCACGUGUCACUGUGGCAGGUGUAAGUGUGAUAAUCCAGAUGGAAAUGGCCUCGUUUAUGGUAAAUUUUGUGAGUGUGAUGAUAGAGAAUGCAUAGAUGAUGAAACAGAAGAAAUAUGUGGAGGCCAUGGAAAGUGUUACUGUGGAAACUGUUACUGCGGGGCUGGUUGGCAUGGAGAUAAAUGUGAACUCCAGUGUGAUAUCAGCCCCUGGGAGAGCAAGCGAAGAUGCACAUCUCCAGAUGGCAAGAUCUGCAGCAACAGAGGGACUUGCGUGUGUGGUGAGUGUUCUUGCCACGAUGUUGACCCAACUGGAGACUGGGGAGAUAUUCAUGGGGACACCUGUGAGUGUGACGAGAGGGACUGUAGGGCUGUCUAUGACAGAUACUCUGAUGACUUCUGUUCAGGUCAUGGGCAGUGUAAUUGUGGAAGAUGUGACUGCAAGGUGGGCUGGCAUGGGAGGAAGUGUGAGCACCCACGUUCCUGCCCGCUGUCUGCGGAGGAGAGCAUCAGGAAGUGCCAAGGAAGCUCUGCUCUGCCUUGCUCUGGAAGGGGUAAAUGCGAGUGUGGCAAGUGCACCUGCUACCCUCCGGGGGACCGCAGGGUGUACGGGAAAACGUGCGAGUGUGACGACCGCCGCUGUGAAGGCCUGGACGGCGUCGUCUGUGCGGGUCACGGAACGUGUUCCUGCGGUCGUUGCGUGUGUGAGAGAGGCUGGUUCGGGACGCUCUGCCAGCACCCGCGCAAGUGCAACAUGACGGAGGAGCAAAGCAAGAGCUUGUGUGAAUCAGCAGAUGGCAUAUUGUGCUCGGGGAAGGGUUCUUGCCACUGUGGAAAGUGCAUCUGCUCCGCGGACGAGUGGUACAUUUCGGGAGAACUCUGUGACUGUGACGACAGGGACUGUGACAAGCACGACGGCCUCAUUUGCACAGGGAAUGGAAUCUGUAACUGCGGGAGCUGUGAGUGCUGGGACGGAUGGAAUGGAAAUGCCUGCGAAAUCUGGCUUGGCACGGAGUACCCUUAACAACUACACGGGACACGACUGGAGUCUUACUUUUCUAGGCCCUUAGAGCAAUGUAAAUGCGAAGGAAACCAUGUAUAAUCACCACUAGGACAAGUCAAACAGACUCUUGUUACGUUUUUCUAUUUCCGAAUGCCUGCAUGAAGUCUGGGUACCUAUUAAAAAAUGAGUUAAGCAAA